AUGUAAAACCCAAAGUAAUUCCCUUGCAAAAUAGGAGAUCAAAACUUUACAAUAGAAUUAUCUACAUCUUCUUUAGAUCUAAUUAAUUAGGAGUAAAGAAUAUCCUUUAAACUUUCACUAAAACUUAUUAUCACUUGGGCAUUUUAUGGAGAUAAAAUAAUCGGAUUUAAAGUUGAAAAUCUCGAGGUUGAAGGCACUACAGAAGAUAUGUCGAAGUUAAAAAUGUCUUUGGGUUGUCUUGCAACAUUUAAAGGAAUUUUAAAAUUUUAUACUUUUCAAUAAACUAUUUACCUAAACUAGAACAAUACCACCAAAGUAUUAUGCAAUUUGAAUUAGGUCUGUUAACUUAUAAGUAAUCGCAAUUUUAGACUCUAUGCUUGUAAGUGCUAUAAGAAAUGCAAUCGUUCAAUUGAGUCCAUUCAUGAAGAAAUAAAUUUAAUACUAAAGCUGUAAGGACAUAAGUUUAUUCCAAUGAUUUAUGAAGUGUACGAAUCAAAUUCCUGUGUAUAUUUGAUAAUGGAACAUUUGUAUAGGAAUUUUGACAAUGACUUUACUGAUGAAGAGAUUAAAAUCGUUGUAUAUGUAUAUUUCAUAAUUUACAAAAGAAUUUGCUGUUAUCAAUCAAAAGACUAGAAAAACUACUAAUAGCCCAUAAAAGUAUUUCAAGGUCUCACAUUAUGUUUGAUGAGGACAAUUAAUUAAAACUUAUUGGAUUUAGUAAUGCAGUUAUUCAAAAAACAACAAAUCAUGAAUUUGAGCUGGACAUUUUUAAAGUGGGUACUCUAAUGUAUAAAUUGUAUUUAUUAUUAUGUAAAAUUAGCUACAAAAGAAGUAUGUAAGGAGAUUAAGACUAAUUUCCUGAAAUUCCAGAUUUUGGAAGUGAUCUUAUGAAAAAUCUCCUUGAAAAUCAAUCUUACUAUAGAUUUAAUAUAGAUGCAGCUUUAUAACAUCGAUAUUUUAAUUCUUUAAGCGGAGAUGGUAUUCAUAAAGGUAUUUAUUGGAUAAUAUUAAGAAAUUUAUUAAAUGAAUCCCAAAUUUAAGGAUAAAAUCGAAGAAUCAUAGUCUUAUUAAACCAAAAUUUUCGAUAACACUCUAUUAUCUUUAACAAAAUAAUAAUAUUUUUAAGUAGAUAUGUCAACAGAACUCUAAAACUGA